GUUUGGGCCCUGACAGCCCCCUACCUGAGGGAGACCAGGGCUCUCAGGCCCCCAAAUACUCGGUGCCUGUGGUAGGCCUUGAUCUGCGAGUGAGAAUAAGCAUCUGGAUAACUACUCAAAGGAGAAAGGGAAGUAGCCACCAAAUGGAGUUUUUUGAGAUGUGUGGUCCCCACACAUAUUUGAACCUUGCCCGUACAUCCCCUAUUUAGAAUGUCUCUCUGACAGUCUGAAGCUUAGAGAAAACUGAUGAUGCCAAACAUUUCUUGGGCUGUAUCUUUAAUGCAGGGGAUGCAUAAAGAGAUACUCCAGAUCAUAUACUGGUACCACUAAAGCAAGAACAUCUCCAGCUUGAGGGGGGAAUCUGAACUAUGGGGCAUUUGCAAGGGUCAGUACCAGUCUCUCACUUCCCCUGGCAUUCUUCUAGCCCAGGGGUUCUCAACCCUUUUAGACCUGAGGCAUCCCUAGGAAAAUGCCAGUUCUUAGUUUUCAUCCUUCUUUUAAGUACAGAAAAAAUAAUAAAGCAGGUUUUUUAUUCUGUUCCAAAGAGCUCAGAAGGACCACAACUGUGGAUUUCUAUUUGAAAUCUCUGUGUUUAUCAUGCUUGCAUGCCUAACAGUGCUAACAUUGUGUGACACCCUGCAGCAUCCUUGAAAGGCUGCUAACAAAGCCCCCAUCUUUGCAUUUUCUUCAGCCUCUGUCAAGAAGGUAAAAAAAUUGCCCUUUCUUUAGGGACUUCUAUAGCUAUGAUUCAAACUUCUGAAAUCCUAGACAUUCACAAUGCAUUUCUCAGCCUGUAUCCUUUUUCUUUCCCCUUUAGUCAGUCCCUUACCAAAGGGGAGGGAUUAAAAGGCCCCUGGAGUGCAGGAGAGAGGUGGAUGUUUGGUGAAACCAGAACUGGAAGCUUGGACCCAUCCAGGAAGGGCUGGGAAACUCUAAACCCACAAAUUAAGCCACCUAACUUGAAUCCACAAGAAAGAAACAGCAAUAGAUGCCUGCAGGACUAACCCAAGGCCACAUGAGGGCUCCCGAGGAUGGUGUCUGUCUCUGGUGUCUAUAAAAAAAGCUCUCUACUGUGAUGGAUGAGUAUCCUUAGAAAUACCACAGACAAAUAUUUUCAACUUUUAUCUUAAACCGGGGGAGUGCUGGAUCUUCUGUCCAUCCAGUAUCAAAGAUAUGCCUAAGCCUAAUAUUGUUAAAGCACAUCAGCUUCGGUAGCCAAUGAGAAAUAAAGGAGUGUUGUGACCAAUGUCACAUUUGGCUCUCUCUGACUCUUCAGGCCUAAAUUACCAUCUAUUAUAACUGGAUCGAUUGGGUGGGGGAGUCUUUGGUGUGAGUCCAAAGCAAGCCUCAGACUUAUGCCUCUGAGAUCCCCUUAUCAACCCUAUCUGUAGAUCUCAGGAUUCCCUAGUGCUGGUCUCUCAAUUUCUUUUCUGAGUCCUAGAUUUGGAAGUAUUUCAGCCCUGUACAGUGCAGUUCAAUGUAGAGAUAGCCAUGCAAGAACAAAAAAAGCUAGAUGAGGUACAGGUAGCAGUGUAUCUGCUGAGUUUUCCUUGCUUAUGAGUUAUCGUUAGUACCUGAGAUACCUCAUGUAGACACACUUGGAGUCUUCUCAGUGCAGAUGAUCCAGAAUUCUGCAUUUAUGUAUUAUACCACAAAGAAAUGAUCCUGCCCCUAAACUUUAAUUUAGCAAUACAAAUCCCUAAUUAUCCACUGGGGAGUUUUAAUUCUGAUAAUAAGAUGCAAGAGGAAAUUUCGAUUAUUUGUUAUGCAUAACCAUUGAGAACUUCCCCCCAAAAACAAACAAACAAAAACAAUUGUCUUUUAAAAAUAAUUGCUGUUUUGGAGUAACUUAGGCCACCUGGAUAUUUUAAUUUACCAGCACAUCCAGCUCAUCAAGAAUGUGACUGUUUCUUUAAGAAAAGACUCUCAUCUCAUCACAUGACAGCGUUUCAUUUAACAGGGUUGCCUGAAACUCCCGUUAACCAUUCCUUUAUUUUCCAGCUUGGUGAAAGCUACAACAAAGAAAAUACAUUCAUUUGGAACAACCAAUAAUUCUUUUAAAAGCGUAAGAUGGCUACGAUCAAGCACUGCUACUAUUUUAUAGCUGGAAUUAGCCAUGCAUCUUGAUUAACUGCAAUAAUUUGCAAUUUAAAUAGCACUGAGGAUAUCUUUUGGAUUUCUCCCCGCAUCAUAAACAGUGUAAAGUCUCUUUGAAGGAUCAAUCAGUGUCGCUUUUAGAAAUGUGCAGUCAAACAUAAAUCCAGACCCAUCAGCUUCUGCUGUCCAGAUCAAGUCACAAUGGGCGUGAAGAUUCGCCCAUUCUGCCAGAGCCUCAGAGUCACCUCUUCACUGCCUGCUCUGAUCGUUUUCCUCAUCACUUUUUAUGUUCAUCAGCUGGAAUCAGCACGGUUCACAGUGAUUGGAUCUGCCAACCCCAUCACUGCCAUGGUGGGAGAGGACGUUAUUUUACCCUGUUACCUGUCCCCCAAAAUGAGUGCUGAGAACAUGGAGGUGACAUGGUUACGGCCACAGUUCUCAUCAGUUGUGCAUCUGUACCGGGAGGGAAAGGAUCAGCUUGGACUGCAAGGAAGGACAGAGCUUUUGAAAGACAACAUACAGGAUGGAAAUGUUACCUUGAGGAUUCUCAAUAUCAGGCCCUUUGACCAAGGACAAUAUAACUGUCUUGUUGAUGAUGGUACUGUUUCUGAACAAGCUGUAUUGGAGUUAAAGGUAAAAGCUUUAGGCUCUGAUCCCCUCAUCUCUGUUGAGGAUUACAAAGAUGGAGGGAUCCAAGUGGUGUGUCGGUCAGCUGGGUGGUUCCCAGAGCCACACAUGUCGUGGAGAAAUCUCGCUGGACAGCUUUUGCCAUCAGCUUCAGAAAUAAAAUCCCAAGGAGAUGAUGGUCUUUACAAAACAGAAAGUUAUUUUGUUAUACGAGAAAAUUCAAACCAGAGCUUGUCCUGUUCUAUCAUCAGUGCCCAUCAAGACCCGGAAAAGAAAUCCACUAUUCAUAUAUCAGGUCCCUUUUUCCCAAAGGUAUCUCCUUGGAUGACCGCAUUUUGUGUGAUCUUGGUGGCUCUGUUCAUUUUUAUCGGCCUUGCCAUUUACCUCUUUAAAGUUAAAGGAAAACUUGUUGAAGAACUAAGAUGGGCAAGAGCCAUGAAACAUCCAGAAAAUGUGAUGCUGGAUCUGGACACUGCAAAUCCAUGGCUCGUGUCAGAGGAUCAAAAAAGUGUGAGACGGGAUGACAAGCAACAGGAUCUGCCUGACAAUCCUGAGAGAUUUGACACUGAUCCCUGCGUGCUGGGCUGUGAGGGAUUUUCCUCGGGGAGACAUUACUGGGAAGUGGAGGUGGGGGAUGGAAAGGACUGGGCAGUGGGAGUUGCCAGGGAGUCUGUGAGAAGGAAAGGAGAAAGCACCUUUAACUCUGAUGAGGGAGUCUGGGCAGUGCAGCGGUGGGGGGGCCAGUACCAGGCUCUCACCUCCCCUGUGACUCCCCUGUCCAUGAACUGGGUCCUCAGGAGGGUUGGGAUUUACCUGGAUUAUGACCGUGGGCAAGUGGCCUUUUUUGAUGCAGAUAAUGAGAGCUUGAUCUUCACUUUCCCACUGGCAUCAUUCAUGCGGGAGAGAAUCCACCCUUGGCUCUGGGUCUGGAAUUCUCCACUUCGUCUGUGUCAUUGAGACAUGGGGUGAAAUAGCCUUUUCUCAUACUUUUCUGCCUCUGGAGUCAAAACCAUCCUGUUCUCCAAGUCCUUAGAGGACCCUGCAGACUUUGUACUGUUGUAGAUCAGUAAAGGCUCAGUGGGGUCCUUGAACUGCCAAACCAUAGAGAACAGGAAGCAAACAGAAAUCAGGCUCAUUGCCUUAUGUCUGUACAUCCUUCAGGUCACUGACUUCUGUAGGACAAGAAAAUUCUAGCAGUUUAUGGUUAAAGGGUGGAUUGAAAGGAAAGGGAAAUAAGAGGGAGAAAUACAAAGCAGGGUAAAGGUUACCGAAUGUAUUAUGCAUUGAACAGUCCAUCCACUUGAUGAAUGAGCAGGAGGUUAGAGUAGGCAACCUCUUGAAGUCCCUUCCAGCCCUACUGUUUGUGACUUCAGACUCUAUGAUGUCCUCAUGCACGAAACUGAAAGUAUUCAAUGCCUUUAUGAAGUGCUUUGUAAAAACGGGGCCCAAUUUCCUUCUUUGAUUGUUGAAUAGUAAUUUCCAAGUGUUUUUAUAGCCUCAUAUUUUUGGUAAAAUAAACAUAAACUUAUAAAA